AUGGUUUUACGAUAUGUUGAUGCACGUGGUAUUGUUAAGGAGAGAUUUUUUGGUAUUGUUCAUGUGACAGGGACAUCUUCUUCAAUUCUUAAAUAUGCCAUUGAUACUUUAUUUGUUGAACAUGGAUUGAGUUUGAAACAUGUUAGAGGGCAAGGUUAUGACGGAGGAAGCAAUAUGCGCGGUGAGUUCAAUGGAUUAAAGGCCUUGAUCUUGAAUGAAAAUAGCUUGGCAUAUUAUAUCCAUUCUUUUGCUUACCAACUGCAAUUAGUUGUUGAGGCGGUUGCAAAUAAACAUGACGGAGUUGAGAACUUUUUUAAUAUAUUAGGAAUGGUGAUUAAUGUGGUGAAUGCUUUUUGCAAGCGUAAAGACGUGCUUCGACAAAGUUACAAAGAGAGAGUGCAAGAAGCAAUUGGUAAGUGUGAAAUUGAAACUGGAAUAGGAAAAUACCAAGAGCUUUCGCUUAUACGAGCCGGAGAUACACGAUGGGGUUCUCAUUACAAAACCAUUUUGAGCUUGAUUGCUUUGUUUCUGAAUGUUGUUAAAGUGCUCCAGUAUGUUGAAGAGGAUGGGGAUAAUGGUUUUAGUUGCACUCAAGCAACUGCUUUGAGUCCAUGUGAUUCAUUUUCGCAGUUCAAUGUAUCGGAUUUAUUGAAGUUGAGUGAGUUGUAUCCUCAAGAUUUUAGUCAUAUGGAAAGGAUCGCUCUUGAGAAACAACUUAACAUGUACUAUUUGAUUGUGGGUCAAGAUGAAAGAUUUGCCGAUUUGAGUGGUAUUGCCGAGCUCGCUAGAUUGCUAGCGGAAACAAAAAAAAAAACAUAA